GAUGAGAUUGUCUACAGCUGGGUUUAAUCCUCAACCUCAUGAAGUUACAGGAGAGAAGAGAGUUCUAAAUUCAGAGCUGUGGCAUGCUUGUGCUGGUCCUCUUGUCUCGUUACCUCCUGUUGGAUCCAGAGUUGUGUAUUUCCCUCAAGGUCACAGUGAACAGGUCGCUGCUUCAACCAACAAAGAAGUGGAUGCUCAUAUACCCAAUUACCCGAGCUUGCAUCCUCAGCUUAUCUGUCAGCUUCACAAUGUCACAAUGCAUGCUGAUGUGGAGACUGAUGAAGUCUAUGCACAAAUGACUUUGCAACCGUUGAACGCUCAAGAGCAAAAAGAUCCAUACCUUCCGGCGGAGUUAGGUGUCCCGAGUAGACAGCCUACAAACUAUUUCUGUAAAACUCUGACUGCUAGUGAUACCAGCACUCAUGGGGGUUUCUCUGUGCCUCGCCGAGCUGCUGAGAAAGUUUUCCCUCCCUUGGAUUACUCUCAGCAGCCUCCAGCUCAAGAGUUGAUGGCGAGAGAUCUUCACGAUAACGAAUGGAAGUUCAGGCAUAUUUUCCGAGGCCAACCCAAGAGACACCUCCUUACUACUGGUUGGAGCGUAUUUGUGAGUGCUAAAAGACUUGUCGCUGGUGACUCUGUGCUUUUCAUCUGGAACGAUAAGAACCAGUUACUUCUUGGUAUAAGACGAGCCAAUCGUCCACAGACUGUCAUGCCUUCAUCUGUUUUGUCAAGUGACAGUAUGCAUUUAGGCCUUCUUGCUGCUGCUGCUCAUGCUGCCGCUACUAAUAGUCGCUUCACCAUCUUCUAUAACCCAAGGGCAAGUCCUUCAGAGUUUGUAAUACCCCUGGCUAAGUACGUGAAAGCUGUUUAUCACACUCGUGUCUCUGUUGGCAUGCGGUUUAGGAUGUUGUUUGAAACUGAGGAAUCAAGUGUUCGUAGGUACAUGGGUACAAUAACUGGCAUUUGUGAUCUUGAUCCUACUCGUUGGGCUAAUUCUCAUUGGCGGUCCGUCAAGGUUGGAUGGGAUGAGUCCACUGCAGGAGAGAGGCAACCGAGAGUUUCCUUGUGGGAGAUUGAGCCUUUGACCACAUUCCCAAUGUAUCCAUCUCCUUUUCCACUCAGGCUUAAACGUCCAUGGCCUCCAGGUCUUCCCUCUUUUCAUGGACUUAAAGAUGAUGAUAUGAGUAUGGGCAUGGGUAUGGGUAUGAGUUCGCCGCUUAUGUGGGAUCGAGGACUUCAGUCUCUAAACUUUCAAGGUAUGGGAGUAAACCCGUGGAUGCAGCCUAGGCUUGAUGCUUCGGGCUUGCUUGGUAUGCAAAACGACGUUUACCAAGCAAUGGCUGCAGCUGCUCUUCAAGACAUGAGAGGCAUUGAUCCCGCUAAAGCUGCAGCUUCACUUCUUCAGUUCCAAAACCCCUCUGGAUUCGCAAUGCAACCCCCUUCCUUGAUGCAGCCACAGAUACUACAGCAGCAACUCUCUCAGCAGCAGCAGCAGCAACAACUCUCUCAACAGCAGCAGCAGCAGCAGCAACAACUCUCUCAACAGCAGCAGCAGCAACAGUCUUAUCUCGGCGUUCCUGAAACCCACCAGCCUCAAUCUCAGUCAAACAAUCUCCUUUCUCAGCAGCAGCAAGUGGUGGAUAAUCAUAAUCCGUCAGCAGCUUCCAGUGCUGCUGCUGUUUCUGCUAUGUCUCAGUUUGGUUCUGCUUCUCAGUCAAUCACGUUGCCACUCCAGUCCAUGACUUCUCUUCAGAACUUCUCAGACACCAACGGAGGAAACAACAAUCCUCUCUCUCCGCUCCACACUCUUCUCAGUAACUUCUCACAAGACGAGUCUUCUCAAUUGCUCAACCUCACUAGAACAAACUCUGCAAUGACUUCUUCUGGUUGGCCAUCAAAGCGUCAAGCAGUUGAUUCAUCUUUCCAGCACCCUGGAGCAGCCGGUAACAACAACAACACUCAAUCCGUAAUGGAGCAAAUGGGACAGUCCCACAACACAAGCAACGUUCCUCCAAGUGCUGUCUCAUUGCCUCCAUUCCCUGGUGGUAGAGAGUGCUCAAUAGAGCAAGAAGGAAGCCCUUCAGACCCACAUAGCCAUCUUCUCUUUGGAGUCAAUAUAGAUUCAUCUUCCCUCUUGAUGCCAAACGGAUUGUCAAACCUUAGAAGCAUUGGCAUUGAAGGUGGUGACUCCACCGCUCUACCUUUCACAACAUCUAACUUCAACAACGAUUUCUCGGGUGGUAAUCUUGCAAUGACUACACCUUCUAGUUGUAUAGACGAAUCAGGUUUUCUACAAUCCUCAGAAAACCUCGGUUCUGAGAACCAACAAUCUAAUACCUUUGUGAAGGUGUACAAGUCAGGGUCUUUUGGACGAUCAUUAGAUAUAACGAAGUUUAGCAGCUACCACGAGCUGCGUAGCGAGCUCGCUCGCAUGUUUGGCCUUGAAGGCCAGUUAGAAGACCCUGUAAGAUCAGGCUGGCAGCUUGUAUUUGUUGACCGAGAGAACGAUGUUCUUCUCCUCGGCGAUGACCCUUGGCCGGAGUUUGUGAGCAGCGUGUGGUGCAUAAAGAUACUGUCACCACAAGAAGUUCAGCAAAUGGGGAAAAGAGGCCUUGAGCUUCUCAACUCAGCUCCAUCCUCCAACAAUGUCGAGAAGCUCCCGACCAACGGGAACUGCGAUGACUUUGGGAACCGGUCAGACCCGAGGAACCUCGGCAACGGUAUUGCAUCCGUUGGGGGCUCGUUCAACUACUAGACAAGUAGAAACAAAACCCCUUUUUCUUGUUGUUCAAGUUAUUUAAGUUUCAUCUUAUAAAAUUAGUAUUAAUCCUCAGUCUAAUCACUACUAGCUAAAUUCUCUCUUUUAUUACUUAUAGAAAAAAGAGAGCUUUGAGUUGGCCUUUGUGGAGACAGAAACAAAAACUAUGUAAUAGAUCUUAUUAUCUCUUAUGUCGAAAUACUGUAAUUAUAAGAUCUUUUUGGUCCACUUUUCUUAU